CGCCGGGAGAGACCUAACCUGCCGCAUGGCUGCUGGUUGCUCAGAGUCUCCGCGGCCGAAGGCGGCCUCCGAGGCGCCGGUGGUAGGAACAGUCGGCGUCCUGCCUUGCUUAGAGCUGCCCACCUAUGCAGCUGCUUGUGCUCUGGUGAACAGCCGCUACUCCUGUCUGGUGGCCGCGCCGCACCGACGGCACAUCGCCCUGUCGCCCCGCUACCUUAACCGGAAACGCACCGGUAUCCGAGAGCAGCUGGAUGGGGAGCUCCUGCGCUAUUCCGAGAGUCUUUUAGGUGUCCCUAUUGCAUAUGAUAACAUCAAAGUUGUGGGUGAACUGGGAGAUAUAUAUGAUGAUCAAGGACACAUUCAUCUUAACAUUGAAGCUGAUUUUGUUAUUUUCAGCCCUGAACCUGGGCAAAAGCUUAUGGGUACAGUUAAUAAAGUGUCUUCUAGCCACAUUGGCUGUUUGGUACAUGGGUGUUUUAAUGCUUCAAUCCCUAAACCUGAACAGAUGUCAGUUGAGCAGUGGCAAACCCUGGAGAUAAACGUGGGUGAUGAAUUAGAAUUUGAAGUAUUUCGUUUAGACUCAGAUGCUGCUGGAGUAUUUUGCAUUCGAGGAAAAAUAAAUAUUGCCUGUUUGCAGUCCAAGCACCCUAAUGUUUCUGAAGAAGUAACAGAAACUCUAACUGAAGAAUCUGUUGAAAAAAUUCCAAAGAAAAAGAAAAAGAAAAAGAAAGAUCCAGAAAUUUAUGAAGUAAAUGAUGGUGUCACAGAGCCAGCAGAUUUUACAGGUAUCACUCCAAAGGAAGAGGAAGAGCUACAGGUUAGUAAUGACAUGAAUGGCCUCUGUGAGGAAGAGCCAAAGAAAAAGAAGAAGAAGAAGAAGAAGCACCAGGAAGAUCAGGAUCCUAUUUUUCAGUGCAGUGACUCCAGUGGUUACCAAAGUGACCAUAAAAAGAAAAAAAAGAAAAGAAAACAUAGUGAAGAGGCUGAACUUACACCAGUUCUGGAAUGCUCACCUAAGAAGAAACAAAAAAGUAAUUAGUGCAUUUUAAAUAGGAUAGUUGAUAAAGGAGUUUUGAAAAAUGUUUAUGUUGUGCUGGGUGUGGUGUUACACAUUUGUAAUCCCAACUACCCAGGAAGCUGAGAGGUCAGUCUGGGCAACUUAGUGAGACUUUGUCUCAAAAAGAGCUGGGGAUGUAGCUCAGUGCUAGAUAGUGCUCCUGGGUUUAAUCCCCAGCACUAUAAAAUAAAAAGGCAUAUGGAUACCAGUAAUUUAUAAAACAGGGAACACUUGAUUAGGAAUUGGAGGGUUUUUGUGCUAACUGGCUAAUUUGGAUAGGACCCAUGUUAUUAAAUUGCCAUUUUAUUGUAGACAGAAUAAAAUGGUAAGAGCUACUCUCAUUCUCAAAUCUUGCAUUCUUCCAGAUGUUAACUUUCCACAUAAAAUUUUCUUUGCAUGCUGAAGAUUAGCAGACAUACUCUAUAGUACAAUGUUAUUGCUAUCAUUAAGGAACAAGUUUGGGAUUUCCCCCUGCUCUGAUAAUAGGUGUCACCUUUAGUCAUUUUAUGCUGUUUUGCUUAUUUUGUUUUCUUUAAUCACAGCGGUUAGUGUUUCUGUUGUUUAACUUAAAAAAAUUAUUUGCCAAAGGAGCUUCUGAAAUGUCUAGAACCCUUGAGUACCAUGCCACUGUCGACUGGUACAUAACAGUAUUUACUAUACUCUCCUUUGAGGUGUGUGUGUGUUUUAAAUUCUGAAAAUUGAUGGAAAGUGCUCUUACCUUGUACUUGUUUAUUUGUGCCUCACUUGUGUUGAAGGAAGAAAGUAGAUGAAGAUAGGAUAAAUACAAUACUGACCAGUGGCAAAUUUCUUGAUUACUUUUUAUUUGUUGAAGUAGGCCAUAAGAAUUGUUUUAAAGAGGAGAUUAAGAAGAUGUUGAUGUUUUGUGACUUACUGGAAAACAGUAAUGAAAUGAGAACUGUUUGAGGCUGAUAAUCAGUAUGUGUCUGUGCAUUUAUUUUACCAGUGCUGUAAUGGAAAACAAGGUAAAUAAAUGUAGUUCCUUCCCUCA